AAUAGAAAAAGGUAAAAAAUAGUGAAAAAGGAAAACAAAAUGAAGAAGAAAAAAGAAGCACCAAAAGUUUCGAUGUUCUGUUUCUUCCCUUCAUUCUUUCGCCGCCACGAGCAUCAUAGGAUGACCCUUUGGUCGCCAGCUUCAAAAUCGUUAGCUCCCAGAAAAAUUCUCGAUUCCUUAUGCUGUCUGUCUUCUUUCAAUUACGACUUCGGUUUCAAGGUACGGUUUCACUUCGUUUCACAGUUUCAUCGCAAUUCGGAUUUGGGAAAAGAUAGCUUUAAUGGUGAAGUGGGAAAAGAGAGUUUUAAUGGUGAAGUGAGAGGGAGCUCUGGCGGCAACGUCAACGUUAAAUCGUCACGAGGGCUCUAUCAAAAUCUGAUUUUGAAAACUAUGAGAGAGAAUCCGAAGGCGUUCAGAGAUGACGACUGGGUUGUUCCUGAUUACUGCAGUGCUUUGGUAGUCGAUUCCGAUUUGCUAUUGAGUGUGAUUAAUUCGAUUCGCCGCCGGCCGACGACGGUUUUGAAGAUAUUCCGGUGGGCCGAGCGGCGGAAGGGGUUUAAGCAUUCUGAAUUUGUGUUUUGCAGUGUUCUUGAGGUUUUGCUGGAGAAUGAUUUGAUGAGCCCUGCGUAUUGGGUGGUUGAGAGAGUUAUUGAUGCCAACAUGGAGGGUGCUGUUGUUGAUGCUUUGAUUGAUGGUUACUCGAAUCACGCAGUUUCUGUUAGGGUUCUUGAUUUCAUAUUGUGGGUUCUCACUAAGAAAUCAGAUGUUGAGAGGUGUUUGUGGUUGUUUGAAAAGAUGGUGAAGAAUGGGUUUUCACCAGAUGUCAAGAACUGCAAUAGGAUUCUUAGGGUUUUAAGAGAUAGAGGUUUAGAUGGUAAAGUUAGAGAAGUGUAUGAUUCAAUGGUUGAGUUUAAGAUUGAGCCAACUGUAGUUACUUACAAUACAAUGUUGGAUGUGUUUUGCAGACGCGAGGAUGUGCAGCAGGCGCUCAGCCUUUUGCAGGAGAUGCAGAGCGUGGGGUGUAGCCCGAGUGAUGCUACCUACAAUGUGUUGGUUGCCGGGUUGUCAAAGAAAGGCGAGGUGGAGAAGGCGAAGGAGUUAGCUUCUGAGAUGGUGAGUAGAGGGCUGAAGCUUUCUGUCUACUCGUACAACUCUUUGAUAAGUGGGUAUAGUCACAAGGGGAUGAUAGGUGAGGCUGUAGGCCUCGAGGAAGAGAUGAAGACGCGAGGGGCGUUGCCUAAUGUGUCUACGUAUAAUGCUCUGAUGUACGGCUACUGCAAGCAAGGGAGAAUUGGCUGUGCCCUGCAGUGGAUUGCCGUCAUGCUUAAGAAGAGUAUCAAGUUGGAUGUGAUAUCAUACAAUACUUUGAUGUAUGGCUAUUGUCUAGUAGGGGAUGUGAGUGAGGCUCUCUUGUUGUUAUCUGAGGUUAGGGAAAGGGGUCUCAACGCGACUGCAGUCACAUUUAAUAUAGUGAUAGAUGGCCUUUCUAAGCUUGGGGAUUUGGAGGGUGCUAGGAAGAUGAAAGAUGAAAUGAUGAGGCAUGGAGUAUCUCCUGAUAUCUUCACGUACACGAUUCUUGUAAACGGUUGUAACAAGAUUGGGAAUGUAGCAAUGGCAAAGAAGUUUUAUGAUGAGAUGGUGCAGGAAGGUUUGCAGCCUGAUCAUGUUGCAUAUGCUACGUUCAUGGCAGGCGAGGUGAAGCUCGGGCAGGUGGAUGUUGUGGUGAGACUGCAGGAGGAGAUGCUAGCGAAAGGGCCCUGGGCAUGAUUUAGCUUGAGAUGAGCUUUGUCCAAGUUGGAUGGUGUAGAAGAAGAUUGUGAAAUGUUGCAGAAGAGUAUCUGUUAGUCGAGCCUGAUCAUGAUACGUGCAGAUGCAUCGUUCGUGCAUGCUCCGUUGGAAGAGGGGGUAACUUAGGGAAGCCCAAAACUUGUUUCAUGAAUUGCUUGUCACCAACUGUUGUGACAUUGUUGUAUUCAUGCAGAUGCUGGUGUUUUCGCCUGAUUUGGUCGCGUCUAAUGCUGUGAUGAACGGCCUCCUCUGCGAAUUCUGAGACGCGGAUGGGGCUUUCGGGUUGUUCUAUGAUAUGCAAAUUGAAGGGAUAUUGCCAGAAACCUCACCUAUAAUGAUGAAUGAGGGUGUAAUCUUUGGUGUUUGGGAGGUUUUAUUUUAGUUGUGCAGAAAAAGAAGUGCUAAUCUUACUGAAGCAUUUGAGAUGCAAGAAGUUGAAUGUAUAAAUUGAAAUGAUAUUCCUCUUGAAUUAUGAUAAAACCAUUUUUGUUUGAUUUCUCCA